CUAACGGACGCGUUUUUGUUGUUGCGGAACAACGCGGUGCAGAGCCGGCAGCUGCUGGCCGAGCAAGUGAGUAGUUACGGCUCCUCCAGCCCUCUGAGUUCACGUAGCAUGGCUGCUGCGGAGCUGGAUGAGCUUGCUGAUGAUCGUAUGGCACUGGUAUCAGGAAUAAGCUUAGAUCCUGAGGCAGCAAUUGGAGUAACAAAACGCUUACCUCCCAAAUGGGUUGAUGGAGCAGACGAAAUUCAGUAUGAUAUCGCCAGGGUUAAACAGAAGAUGAAGGAGUUAGCCAGUCUUCAUGAUAAACACCUAAACAGACCAACACUGGAUGACAGCAGUGAGGAAGAACGGGCGAUAGAAAUAACAACCCAAGAGAUCACACAGUUAUUUCACAGAUGUCAGAGAGCAGUCCAGGUCUUGCAGAGCAGGUCACGUAGUUGUACAGAACAAGAAGCACGUGUUCUCAGGAAUGUAGUGUCUUCCUUAGCACAGUCCCUUCAGGACCUAUCUACCAACUUUAGGCAUGCACAGUCUGACUAUCUCAAACGCAUGAAGAAUAGAGAAGAAAGAUCCAAACACUUCUUUGACACCUCAGUCCCACUCAUGGAUGAUGGGGAGGAUGAUACACUCUAUGAUAGGUUUAAAACAAAAUCAGAAUUGCUGCUUGUUUUCAUGCUGUUAGUGUUAGUUCAACAUCUGAAUCUUUUAUUUCAACAGGGUUUUACAGAUGUCCAGAUAUUUAGGGACCUGGGAGCAAUGAUAGUAGAACAGGGAACAGUUCUAGAUAGAAUUGACUACAAUGUCGAACAGUCAUGUAUGAAAACUGAAGAGGGUCUAAAACAACUACAUAAGGCAGAGCAAUAUCAAAAGAAGAAUCGGAAGAUGCUUGUUAUUUUAAUUUUGUUUGUUAUAGUAAUUGUCCUUAUUGUUGUUCUUAUUGGUGUAAAGUCACACUAGGUUUCACUUCAUUUUCUUAUUUUUGGAGUUUAUGUGAACUUUUUUCCCCAAUGUGAAUGGAUGGACCUGCACUCCAGAAAGCUGCCUUUGAAUGUAUAAGCCCUUGUGGUGCAAAGUCUGUGCAAUGUUUCUGUAGAAUUCGUCAAAGUACAAGCUUGGUCAUCUGUGAGGUGUUUGUAAGGAUUACAUGGAAAACGUCCGGAAAUUUGAUGCUCCCACAGAAAUAAUUCGGUGCUCUGUGCAGAGGUGUUUGGCAACACAGCACUGAGAAAUAAUUACAAAGUUGACGUUUACCAGUGAGUACAGUAAUUAGUGUGUUACUGUGAACAAAAAUGUGUUGUCUUCUGUAUUCUUAUGUCACAGGCAUUACAGGCUUCAAAUUUAAACCAUGUUACUGAGUCACGGGACUAGAUAACAAAAAUUGUUCUAGAUGUAAAAUAUGUCGAGGCACAAAAAGGUUUGACUUCAUCUCCUUUCUUCCAGACUCAAAAGCUCCAAAGAACUGGAUAGACAGCUAAAACAGAAAGCUUUUAGCAACCAGAAUGUAAUCCAACCCCUGUGAUCUUAAUUUAGAUACUGCACCAUUACUAAGAAUCAGAGUAGCACUUGAUCUUGUAAAUAACAAGA